UGAUAGCGUUUGAAAUCUACGCAUUUUUUCUGAUUGUCCGGCUCGUUAUUGGUUCUAAUUCUUUCUAUGGAUAUGCGACUGGUGGUAUAACAGGAAUGUACCCACAAAAUACCGCCGACUUGGUGGUACCAGAGAACAUUACCACGUUUGAAUGUUUGUUAAAAUGUGGAGAAAACAGUAGAUGCAUGUCCAUAUUCACUAAUAACGGGCAGUGUCAUCAUUUCAACGGCGGGUUUGUUGAUAACACGAUGUUGUUACCUAAUCCAGGGUGGACGUUUUACAAUGUUUAUACAGAUGGCUGCCCGGUGCGAAACGGCUACAUACACAACAGACAACACAACUUAUGUUACAAGCUUCAUCUUGGAGGUACUCGGGACUCGUAUGACUUCAUGACCACGUGCACUUCAGAAGGCGGAGAAUUAAUGCGGAUUACCUCGCAGGAAAUACAGGACCAUAUCAGUGCUUUCCUAGCUGAUGCGACUUGCCACUUUGUUGUACUAAUCCAGGGAUCAGAUCGUAACAGUGAGGGGACGUUUAAAUUUGAGGAUGGCACGGUUAUGCAGUACUUCGACUGGUAUGGCACAGAACCAAACAAUCACCUAGGUGAUGAAGAUUUCAUUUUCAUCGUACCCGGUCAAGGAUUCCGGUGGGGUGACGGAAUUGAUGUUGCCUCAACGGUUUCUUCUUUCAUCUGCCAGAUACCAAUGACGUAAUAGGAUAGGUAGAAAACAAUUUUCGA